AUGGCGGUCCAACGUGAGACUAGAAACAAUGCACCUUACCACUUUGAAGAGAUGCAGCUACAUUUCCUGCAGGAUUUAUGCUGCUCCACCGUGACCUGGAGAAAAUCCCUCCAAUGUGUCACACAAGCACUGAGAUCGGCAGGAAUUGCCUACAAAUGGGGGCCCUCACGAACCCUAAUAGCCACGAAGGACAGCCACAACCACACUAUCUCCUGCAAAAGCUGGGUAUAGCUCGGCCUGAGACAACCAACUUGGGACACAGACACCUGGGAUGUUUCCAGGAUUGUUCGGUUUACCCCCCGAGCUGGGACCGACACCGGCUGAAACCACAAAGGACACCUGGUACCUGGUGGCGAGAAAGUUGCAGACCAAGAACCGCAUAG